AUGCCGCAUAUGCGCGAAGUCAAGACUUGCGACCGCUGUCGCCACUUCAAGCGACGCUGCGAUCUCAUCAAGCCUUCAUGUUCCCGCUGCCUCCAGGCGGGAGUUCGCUGUAGCUUCGAUGUCGCCGCCGCUACUGCCGCCGCCGCUGCAGCGGCCUCUUCCUCCGCCAUCACCGUCCCCAUCACCACUCCCGCCUCCGCCUCUCCAUCCGCCUCAUUUCCACCCUCGGCAUCAGUCACCGCCCCUAGCUCCAACGCUGCUUCAUCCCCGCUGCUAGAUGAGCUCAGCGCCAGCCUGUCCAACGGCGGUCUCAUCUCGCCAACCACCUCUACCGAGAGCCCGGAACCCCUUGUUCUCCUACCCGGAUCCGCGGAACCGGGUGUCGUGCUCGACUCUGUCCCGGGACUUAGCACUGCCGCUCCAGGCCAGCGUAUCAUCCGCAAGCGCAAGCGCAACUGUCUCAGCUGUUUGAGGUGCCACCGUCUGAAGGUCAAGUGCGACAAGGAACUGCCGUGCGGCCGUUGCAAGUCGAGCGGGAAUGGGAGAGAGUGCUACUACAGCUACAACAAGGGCCCCAACGGCGGAAAGUUUCCCUGUCCGACAGCACCCGUCACAGCCUCUGGCGAUGAUUCAAAAGCUACCAUUGCUACCUGGCACGUCCAGCACAAAGUCCGAGGCUCCAGUCAUUGGAGGGACUUGAUGACCAAGAUCGGUGCUAUGUCCACCCUCGAUUCACCACCUCUCGCUGCCGCCCUCGAGGACGUGGCAACAAAUGCCUGUCUCGCCAACUUUACCCUCCCCGGAAACUUCCCCUUCGGGACGCCGGGGGCCACCAAGUACUUUGCACGGGAUGCCGUGACGAGGUUAAUUGAUGGAGAGAGAGCAAACUGCAGAACCUACAUGAACCAGUACAUUAACCUCCUCGACUGCGUGAAUCCGAUUCUCGAUCUGGAUCAGUUCAAUCGAGAGGUUGAGCAAUACUGGCAUGAUCCUAACGCCGUAACACUGUGCUGGCUCUCCCAAUUUCUCAUGGUUCUUGGACUCGGCUGCUUUGCCUCUGUCGACGAACCUCACCAGGCGACCGAGCUCAUGAUGGCUGCAGAGGCCUGUCUGAUGCAAACGCCGUUCAUGUUCCGGCCGACUAUGCUGGCCCUCAAGGCUCUCACUCUGAUGGUCGUGGCAAAGCAGGUGUGCAAUGCCACUUGCUGGUCGGUUGAUUCCUGCUGGUCACUCCUCGGAUUGCUGGUUCGUACUGCCUUUAUCUAUGGACUACCUCAAGAUCGAAUCGAAGCGGAGGACGAAAUACUGGAUGUCAAGGAGAGAGAUGCUCGACGGAAACUCUGGCUGACGAUUCUGUACCUGGACAUCAAGGUGUCGAUGUGCACGGGUAUGCCGCCCCUAACGCGGCCAGAUGAACUGGGUAGCCUCAAGACGAUGCCCGAGUGGGGACAGCCCGACAGUCUCCAGAUGGUCCUUUACCAGUCAUUGCCCACGGUAUUGACUAUUCUCGGGCAACUCAACUCGAAGAAGGACCAGAUAUCGUAUCCAGAUGUGUUGCGAUACAACACUCAAAUCCGUGAGCUCAUGGCUCAUGCGCAGCGUGUCUGCUCCGGCCAACUGCAGCGUAUCACCGUCGAUAUCUUUCUACGACGGUGUCUGAUGGUUCUGCACAGGCCGUUUGCCCUGCACCCUGAGGGGCCCAACAUGUUCCCCGAAUCAUAUUGGGGCUCCCUCGAGUGUUCGCUGGCUCUGUUGAUUCACUACCGGGAGCUGUGGUCCGGUGAAGAAAGCCAGCGGCUGGAUCUGGUGGGUCGAGCCUUUGUGCUUGACUUUUUCUCGGCCGCCCUGACGGCGUGCGUCCACGUUCUGAGAAAGGAGGCGCCUUUGGCUAACGCCUCGGCCAUGGGUUGCGAGAUCCCGCCCCGGCAGAUCAUCUUGGACACCCUACGGAGCUGUGUGGACAUUUGGAGCGGCGAACAAGAGAAGAGCGUGUGCUAUCGAACAGGAUACAACCUGUUGCUGGCUAUUCUAACGCUUCUACCCCAGUCGUCCUCUGGCCAAUGA